GCUUCUCUAAUGUUCCUUCCUUCUUUGAAAACUCUCAAGCAAAGAGUGCUUCUCUCAUAAAUCCAUCAACAGGUUUUUUUUCCGAAUCUUGAAAGAAACGUUUCAAUUCGAAAUUGAAAUCGGAUGAAUGAAUUAGUUUGAGACAAUGAAUUAGUGCAUGAGCGACGAAACGAAGAAAAAUGCAUUUCGAAUGAAAGAAAAAAAAUGAUAUUCCUUUGAAAACAACAAUUUGAUUGGUAUAAAUGUAUUUUCAUACUCAGAAAAGAUCCAUUGUUUAUCUGACUAUAGAACAAAAUGGAUUCGUUUAAAUUAUGUUGCAUUUAACAACUACAAUCUCUGUGCAUUUAUCUAAAAACAGUUUCAAUUGCUCUAGUAUCAUCUACAAGAUUCCUGGCUACUAAAAAAUAUGGCUGGUACCUGCUAGAUUCGUCCAGCCGAAAUUAAGAGCUGUAUACACAAUCAUGAAUCUCAUCAGUACAGACGACGUACUCACAAAGGAACCAUUCUUCAUCUGGCAAUAGUGCAAAAUAAAUUAUGUUCCAUGUUGCCAUCUCGGCAAAUGUACGUUUCUUUACAUAGAAGUAAUUUCCAACAAUCUUGCUGAUAACUAUUGAACUGUCAUCAUGAAUCUCAUCCCCACGGAAGACAUGGGUGAGAACUGGACCUAUAGUAAUUCGUCUUCUGGGCGCUGUACAAACGAGUACUGCGUGUCCGACGAAGAUUACCUCUCGAUGAUCGAAGACUACAUAUUUCCCUCUUCCACCUACGAGUGGAUUCUCAUCUUCUUGCACAUCACCGUCUUCUUGGUGGGACUGAUAGGCAAUGCCCUCGUCUCUGUCUCCGUCUACAGAAACCACAGCAUGAGGACGGUCACCAACUACUUCAUUGUCAAUCUGGCAGUGGCCGAUUUCCUGGUCAUACUUAUCUGCCUCCCCCCCACAGUCUUGUGGGAUGUCACCAAGACGUGGUUCUUCGGAAGCAUCACCUGCAAGCUUGUCCUCUAUUUGCAGAAUGUCUCUGUUGGUGUUUCGGUGUUAACGUUGACUUUUAUAUCUGUUGAUCGGUGGUACGCCAUAUGCCAUCCUCUUAGUUUCAAGAGCACGCCUUCGAGAGCUAAAAGUUCUAUCUUUUUGAUAUGGUCCAUCGCCAUACUGAUAGCUUUGCCAGAAGCCAUCGUGUUGGACACCCGGAAGAAAACAUUGCCAGUAGAUAUAGUCUACCUGACUGACUGCACCCAUACCUGGAGUGAGAAUAGUGUAAGGAUCUACCAGCUCUUCCUUAUACUCGUUCUCUACGUAGCGCCAUUUUCAUUAAUGGCUUACACCUAUUAUCAGAUAACAAGAGUUCUGUGGAACAAAAACAUUCCUGGAUCAGCACGAACAUGUGGCAACAGCACAUUUGUGGGUCGAUCAGCCGUGAGGUCAACAACGUGUGAGAGCCAAAUCAGAUCGAGAAGAAAGGCUUCCAAAAUGUUGAUUGCUGUCGUCGUCAUGUUCAGUCUCUGUUACUUUCCCGUGCAUCUCAUAAAUCUUUUGAGGUAUACAGUUGGUUUACCUCAGACUCCAGCCACAACUGUUGUGUCUCUUCUAUCCCAUUGGCUGUGUUACGCAAACAGCGCCAUUAAUCCAAUCAUAUACAAUAUCAUGAAUGGUAAGUUCCGGCAAGAGUUCAAGAACACUUUCACCUGUCAAUGCUGGAAGAAGAAUAGUCGAGCCUCCUACUUUUGUAAAUACACCAGCACAGUUUCACACAGUGACAAAAGAAUUCAUGAACUAGCAAACUUUUCAUAACAUCUUGUAUUUGCAUUCAAAUUACAAAAACCUCUUCAGGACCCUUCUUCUAAAACGGACCUUCUCCAACUCUAGCUGCCCUAGAUCACACGGACUCCAUAAGGUACUCUUGUAUUACGUCUCGUAUUAGGAUGUAUACUUACAUUUUAAUACGUAUACUGUCAGAGUAUGCAGAAAGUAUGGUCCUGAAGGGAUUAAAAACAAAAUAUCUAUCUGAUGAAUAUCAGUUUCUGCUAUAUAUUUAAUUUAAAUAUACCGAACAUUUCGAAUAAGAUAAGUUCUCAAAUGUUUGCUAACAAUAAAUAAAGUAGAAAGGAACAAAAACGAUUAUUUUCUUAUUUUUCUUUUGGGAAAAAUUAACCCAGAGGACAAAUAUUUAUGUUUUGAGAAAAACUAUAACCUUUAUUUCAUUAACUUCUGAAAAAUAAAUGCAAAAACUAAAUUUGAACUUUUCUGAAUGAUAUUUGAAUAUUUAACUUUUAAAUAGGCUAAUCAUGCAUUCAAUGUUGUAUCUGAAAAAGAUCUAUUAUACCGAGGCCACCAUUUCUAUAGGAAAUACUCGAUAUUUUUUUAUUUUAUUGCUGGCUUUUAUCUUUACGGUUUAAGACUUGACGGUUUUGGUUAUUUUGAGCUUUAUUUUUCAGAAUCUGUUUUUUUUUUCUCUUUUUGAACAUUAAAAAAAACAUUUUUAGUGGAGAAACUAACAAUGUUAUUGAGAAGAAUUAAACGGGAACCCAUAUUUAGAAUCUGCGACAUUCGAAUGUCCGUGCUCUUUCAAUGGGACUGAAAAUCUCAAUUUUCAAGAAAUGUCCAAGUUUUAAACAAUAUUAUAAAAAUUCCAAGUCUGUUCGAACUAUCUUUCUCUCAUUUAUGAUGUGUAUUAAAUUAAUAUCUUUUCAUGUACAAAUAUUUAUCUUUGUAUUUAAAGCCUAUCUAGUGUAUUUCAGUGCUUUAUCGUCUGUAUUAAAUUUGAUGUCGCACCCAG